CGCGUGCUAUAUGAUUUCUUGUCAGUUUACAGAUGUCUGAUCAUACUGGCAAUUGUAUGGUAUUAUCCAUUGGUUUUUGUUGUACAUUUUAGUAUAAAUAUUGUCUUUGUCAUUUAAGUAACUUUUCCAACAUGAAAUACAUAAUAGUCACAGGUGGUGUUAUGAGCGGUGUGGGAAAAGGGAUUAUUGCAUCUUCUAUAGGCACGCUUUUAAAAUCGUGUGGUAUCCAUGUGACGUCCAUCAAAAUUGACCCAUAUUUAAAUAUUGAUGCUGGAACUUUUUCUCCAUAUGAACAUGGAGAAGUAUAUGUAUUAGAUGAUGGAGGUGAAGUCGACUUAGAUUUGGGAAAUUAUGAAAGAUUUAUGGAUGUUACAUUGCAUAGUGUUAAUAAUAUAACAACAGGCAAAAUAUAUCAAGAAGUUAUAAAUCGAGAAAGACGAGGAGAUUAUUUAGGCAAAACUGUACAAGUCAUACCACAUAUUACUGAUGCUAUUCAAGAUUGGGUCGAAAGAGUGGCUAAACAACCUGUCAGUGACGAUGGUGUGCAACCUGAUGUGUGUAUUGUUGAACUUGGAGGUACAAUUGGUGAUAUUGAAAGCAUGCCUUUCGUUGAAGCAUUUCGGCAGUUUCAGUUUAAAGUUAAAAAAGAAAACUUAAUAUGUGCACAUGUUUCAUUUAUACUUCAACCUGGUGCAACUGGUGAUGACAAAACAAAACCAACUCAAGCUAGUGUACGCGAACUAAGAGGUUUAGGGUUAACUCCUGACUUAAUUAUAUGCAGAAGUACAAAGCCAUGUAAUAAUGUAGAACAAGUCAAGAAAAAAAUAUCUACAUUUUGUGAUGUCGCACUGAAACAAGUAUUGUUUAUGCAUGAUUUAGAUUCAAUUUAUAAAGUACCAUUGUUCAUGGAAAAACAAGGCGCUCUAGAAUUUUUACUAGAUAGAUUAAGUCUUCCUAUAAAUAUUACAUUUAAUCAAAUUUUUAUGAAACAGUGGAAAAAAUUAUCAGACAAAAUAGAUUACUCCCAAAAAACAAUUAAAAUUGCUUUGGUUGGAAAGUACACUCAACUUUCUGAUGCAUAUGCAUCUGUAUCGAGAGCUUUAACACACGCAGGGGCAAAUAUAAAUCAUAAAGUUGAUAUUACUUAUGUUGAAGCUGCUAAUUUAGAAAAUGAUACCAAAAUUUCUAACCCUGUUGGUUAUCAUGAAGCUUGGCAAAAACUGUGUCGUAGUGAUGGAGUAAUAGUACCUGGAGGUUUUGGCACAAGAGGAGUAGAAGGCAAAAUAGAAGCGUGUAGGUGGUGUAGAGAGACUCGAAAACCUUUCUUAGGCAUUUGUCUUGGAAUGCAAACAGCUGUCCUUGAAUUUGCUAGGAAUGUAUUACAUAUUGAAAAUGCGGAAACAACUGAAAUUAAUUUAAAUGCAAAAGAACCAUUAAUAGUUGAAAUGCCAGAACAUUGUCCUGAAAAUAAAGGUGGAACCAUGAGACUUGGAAAACGAACAACUAUAUUCAAAAAUAAUAGUAGUUUUUCUAACAUUUACAAGCUUUAUGGUAGACGUCAACAAAUUGAAGAACGUCAUAGGCAUCGAUAUGAAGUUAACUUGGAUUAUGUUGAGCGAGUUGAACAGGCUGGACUAAAAUUUAUUGGUGUUGAUACAGAAGGAAAACGAAUGGAAAUUUGUGAACUAGAAAAUCAUCCCUAUUUUGUCGCUACUCAAUUUCAUCCGGAAUAUUUAUCUAGGCCUUUAAAACCUUCACCACCCUUUUUAGGCUUAAUGUUGGCUUCUUGUGGUAAACUUAAAUCAUAUUUGGAAAAUGAAUGUCGUUUAACUCCAGAUGAAAGUUGUUCUGAAGAUGAUAGUGAAGAUAUAUUAAUGAAAAUACAAGAUCUGAUAGUAACAUCAUCUAAUGAAAAAAAAGUUAACGGUAAUAGUAAUGGUUUUUCCAAUGACUUAUUAUGAUUUUAUUCUGUAAACAAUAUUUUAUUAUAUUCCUGACAUAAAUAAUUGUUUUUAGUAUUGCUAUUCAUUUUUGUAACUUAAUUUGUAGGAUAAAUGAGUUGUUGAACUCUAAUUUUUUUGUGUUGAUAAAUACAUUUAUUAAAUAGUCAA